UACUACUACAUUUAAGGGGAGUAAUUUGUAGCACUGAUCAAGUUCUAGGGUUUUGGUAUGUAAUUGUCGCAAUAUGUAUAUCCGGUUUCUACGUAAUCUAGGGUUUUCUCUGUAAUCUGCAACAGAGCCCAAGUUGUGAACAGGACAGGACUUAUAUCAGGCUGACAUUUUGUGAAUGGCAAAUAGUCCCGAUCCUGACAAUGAUGACGAUUUUAGUGAACUUUAUAAGGAAUAUACGGGCCCUCUGGGUUCUAAUGCCGCAAAUGUAGAAGACAAAGCAAAAACUGGUAAAAGGUCACAUGCAAGUUCUGAUGACGAAGACGAGACUCAUGACCCUUAUGCUGUCCCAACCGAUUUUACUAGCAGAGAAGCUAAGGUUUGGGAGGCUAAGUCUAAAGCUACUGAGAGGAUCUGGAAGAAGAGGAAAGAAGAAGAAAUGAUUUGUAAAAUAUGUGGGGAAUCAGGUCACUUUACUCAGGGAUGUCCGUCCACUCUUGGAGCUAACCGCAAGUCUCAAGAUUUCUUUGAAAGAGUUCCCGCGAGAGAGAAACAUGUGAAAGCACUUUUCACGGAGAAAGUGAUUCAAAAAAUCGAAAAAGAUAUUGGGUGCAAAAUUAAAGUAGAAGAAAAAUUUAUUAUUGUCAGUGGCAAGGAUAGACUGAUUUUGGCAAAAGGCGUGGAUUCUGUUCACAAGGUUAAAGAAGAGGGUGAAAAAAAGGGUUCCUCUUCGCACAUGAGCAGAUCUAAGUCACCUGAGCGGAGAAGCCCUGUUAGCUCACGGUUUGGACGCUCUGAUUCCCAGAGGUCUCUCCCCAGCCCACGCAAUCCAUCCCAGGUCCAACAGAGGUUUGGUAGACAGGAUAAGGUUGUCGAAGACCGUUUUCAUGAUGAUCUGCAAAAACUGGCAAGGGGUUCCCCACAAGCUUAUGUUAACAACAGAGCAAGAGUUCGUACAAGCAACUCAAAAUCUCCGACUCGCGGCCCUUUUACUGGAAACUCAUUUGAUUCAUAUGAUGGUCAUAAUCAAAGCAUGGGGGUCCAGAGAACUGAUGGUUGGGUUAAUGAAAGACGAGGAUCAGAGAUUCAGUCUAGCCGUAAUUUUGAGCACCCUGCCUUCCCACAUACUUUGGAGGAAUUAGAGUUAGAAUAUAAGAGGGAGGCGAUGGAACUUGGAAGUAUUCGUGACAAGGAAGAAGACGAAGAGAAUUACAAGCAUCGCGAGGCUGUCAGGGAAAUGAAGGAGAAUUAUGUGAAGAAAUUGGCUUUACAAAGGGGGAUCCAUGCAAAACAAUGGGAAGAAUUUCUUCAACUUGAUGCCCAAAGGAGGCAACAACGUUCACGGCAACAGAUAUCCUCUUCUGGAUUUGGUGGUUAUAAACAACCCAGUUAUCCCGAGUAUGAUAGCCCAUCAGGCAGUGCUCACUACGCGGGAGCUAGUAUGCCAAUGGACUCAAGGGGCAGAUACCAAAACACUACAGAUAAUUAUCCUUCUUUGAGGCCCCAUGACACUUACGGAGACUUCCAGCGUCAGAGGCGUGAGGAUUAUGGGAAAGCGUAUAAUCGGUACUAAGUGGUGCAUGGGAGCUAAGUUUGGGUCCAGUUGUUCGGCGCAUGGGAGUCUCAAAUUUAGGUGAGCUUUUUAAUGAUGUAUCUGGACUCCAGAAGGACCGUUGGUUUUUAUAAUCCCCAUUUGAGAGUGUACUUUUGUCCCCCUAAAUGGUUCUGUGUUCCUUUUAAAACAUUCGCAUUGUGAACAAAAGAAAUGAAGGCAUGGUUUUGGUUCAUCUGCAA